UUACGUAUGACGUCAGAGCGUCAGCUGGCCAAAUGUUUACAUCGAGCAGUGCUGUGUCUCUGACUACAUCCCCCCAAACAACAAAAGGCUGAACACAAGGAAAAUCGUUAAGAGAGAGAAUAUCAGUCGGCAUUUGACCAGUCAACAUGGGGGGAGCUGUGAGUGCUGGUGAGGACAAUGACGACUUGAUUGACAACCUGAAGGAGGCUUAUUACAUUCGCUCAGACCUGGUGGAGCAGGCUUUUCGAGCUAUCGAUCGUGCUGACUAUUACCUAGAUGAAUACCGGGAUAACGCCUACAAGGACUUGGCUUGGCGGCAUGGAAACAUCCAUCUGUCUGCUCCGUGUAUCUACUCCGAGGUGAUGGAGGCUUUGGAUCUCCACCCUGGUCUCUCAUUCCUUAACCUUGGCAGUGGGACUGGCUACCUCAGCACCAUGGUUGGCCUCAUAUUGGGACCAUUUGGGGUGAAUCAUGGGAUAGAGUUACACACAGAUGUUAUCGAGUACGCCUACCAGAAGCUCGACACCUUCAUCAAAACCAGCGACAGCUUUGAUAAAUUUGAAUUCUGUGAGCCAUCCUUUGUUGUGGGCAACUGCCUGGAGAUUCCUCCAGAGAGCCGUCAGUAUGAUAGGGUGUACUGUGGGGCCGGGGUGCAGAAGGACCAUGAGGAUUACAUGAAGAACCUGCUCAAGCUGGGGGGCAUCCUUGUGAUGCCUCUUGAGGAAAAAUUGACCAAGAUCACCCGUACAGGGCUGAACAGCUGGGAGACCAAAAAGAUCAUCUCUGUGUCCUUCGCUCCUCUGGUGCUGCCUAAACACAGCACAAAUGGCAAACCCAAGACUGCCCCGCUGCCAAAGUAUGAGGUACGGACAUUACAGGAACUGGCUCGUAUCUGUAUCCGCCACACCCUCAGGGUGACCACAGAUGGAGGAGACAGCCUAUCACGUGGCAGGGGUUCCUCUUUCAGUGUGGGCAGAGGUCUGGCAGUGGCUGGGCUCCAUAAGUAUGGCCCUCGCUUCAAACGUCGGCGCGUCCACCGGCGCCAUUGCAAUGCCCUUGUCCUGGCCACCCGUCAAGUGGUGGCCAGCAGCGGUAUUGGCCCCACUCCCCUGGACAACAACAACAAUCAGGGAGGGAGAGCAGAGGAUGAGGAGGAGGCAGGAGAGAGGGAGGUGAGGCGGCAGAUGAGGGGGAGCAGGAAGGUGGGGAGAGGAGCAGGAGGGGUGGUGGAAGAAGAGGAGAUGAUGGAAGAAGAUGAUGAAGAGGAGGAGCAGGAGGAGGAGGAGGAGGAGAAGGAGACCGGGGAGCUGCUCCGACCCCAGCCAGCCGUGAAUGUCCUGAGAGAGAGGAUACUGGGCCUGCCACUGCCUGAGCCUCUGAAGAUGUACCUGCUGUACUACAGGGAGAAAUGAGCUGGCUGGAUUGAUAGCCAGGUCCAGAGUCAACAACCCAGCAGAGGCUGCGGCCUAUGUUACAACCCCACCACCACCUGUACAAGGCAGAACAACAUGCCACCCACCUUACUCCACGGCUCCACUAUGGGUCUCUUUCUCUCGCUCUCUCACCUGUCCUCAUCCUCUCUCUCUCCAACUUCCUCUUUUUGCUCUGCCUCCCACUGUUCUUUACGUGAUUAAUUUCCUGGAACUGUAAGGAGUCAGUUCAAUUUGUCCAGUUUAGGGGGGAGGGAGGGUUUCACUAUGCUGAGAACAGAAACAAUUCACUCCAAUGUUUCAGACAACCAAACAGUCACUGAUGUAAAUUUUAUGUCUCCUUUGAGGUGAAAAGAAAUAUAAAUUGAUACAUAAUAUAUACUCAGUUUUCUCUACAGCUCUGUAUAACUAACAUGCAAAUCUAGCUUAACAGUGUACACUUAUAGUAUUUAAGCUUGCAAAAGGCAAUUUAAUGGUGCUGAGAAAGAGCACCAUCAUUGUUUAGUCUACAACAGCAGACUAGACAUGGCAACAGAGUUCAAACACUGUAGCAACAAGCAGAAAGAGUAGCUUCAGCAGAGCAGCGACCAGAAAGCAGCAGGCUUCCUCAGCUCUCUUACAUCCACUAAUUACAAUUGUUCCCCAGGUUACAGAGUAUAAGUUACUGGAUAAGUGUGGAAGCUGCUAUGCCCACAGAAGGGUGUGUGUGUGUGGGUGUGGGUGUGUGUGUGUGUGUGUGUGUGUGUGUGUGUGUGUGUGUGUGUGUGUGUGUGUUUAAUAUCACAUAAUGGGGAUGGUGCUGUUUUAGGAAGGAAGUUGUAGUCUGCUUAUUGCUCAACUUUGUGAGUGAAGCGCGCAAUGAUGUGAGAAGCAUAUUUUCUCUUUCACUGUAUCAUAUUUAAUGAUACUGCAGCUACCUGUACAGCUAGUGACCAAGAUGGUGUCCUGUUUUGUGAUUAUUUCCAUUGAUUUCCAAAAUCAAAUGGGAGCUUUGCCUCAAGUCCCCAGUACAUUAGAUAAUUUAACUUACAUGCUUUUCCAAGGAGUUGACCAAGGUUUGGUCAUAAUUUCAAGUGUUUUUAGGCAACUCGUUGAUUUAACAAAAAAGCUGAGUUUUCCCUUUUUCUAUGCACAUGUGUCAUUACAUGAGUUGUCUCCUGACUUUGUCAUAUGGAGAUGAAACUGACCCUGAAUCCUUACAUGUGUAUCCAAAGGGUGGUUUCACUGUUUUUCUCUAUAUCCAAUAGUAAUCUCUUAACCAAAACAGAAAGACCAUAAAAAAAUCACAUACUUACUAAUAUUCCAAUUUACAGAAAUAAACCAGCAUGAUAAAAACAAUAACUAUUUCUGAUGAUUGACAGUGUGCAGGUUUUCUCUCACCGUGCUCUCAUCUUUGUUUUUGUGUUUUUUUUUUUGUUGUUGUAACAUUUUGAUUCUUGAAUUUUAUGAGACUUGAAGUGUUGUGUACAUAUGAAUUUGUUGUUUGAAUGGAAAAAAAAGAAAAGAAAAAAAAAAACAAAGAUGCUUUAUCAAGUGUCUUACAUCUGACAUUUUUUUCUGUUGUAGUUUCCAGUUAGAUGGAGCUUUAUUCCUUUUUACUUCUUGCUUUUGUACCAAACUUUCUGCUCUGCUCCCCUUUGUGCCAAACUUAAGUUGCAUGGACGAGAUUCUUUAGAGGAAACAGCAGAUCAACAGCAAGUCACUCAUUUGAAGAAAAAAAGCUGACAAUUGAUGUUUUAUCAUUACAAAAACUACUACCACUGAAAUGACACUUCUGGUUGUUAAUAUAUUUUUUUUAUCAUGUCUUAGAUUCUUCUCAUUUUAAAGGUUAUAUUUGCAGAGAUUCUCUGAUGAAUAGCAAAGUGAUCUUUGCUCAAGGCAACAUGGAAGCACCCUUCAUGAGGUCAUUGGAGAAAUAACGGAUGUGAUCACAACAUGAGGAGGAAUUUGAAUAUGUGCAGGUUUGAAUGGGAGGAUUGUGUCCAAAAAGCAGGUCCUUAUCUGGCCAGGAGAUUCACUUCCCUUCUGAUUUCUGCUGACUGUAACAUCAUGCUUCACUGUUUGGCUGUUCCACCAUUUCUACUGCUGCUGGAUCUACCUUUUGAGUACUGUAUGUAGACCAUUCCUUUAUCUGACAUGAGUACCAUCCAUGUUUGGUUGUUGUGCAGUUGUGAUUCUCUGCUGAAUGUAUCUGAUCAUGAUGGGUUUUUUUUUUUUGCACUUAAUAUCAAGUUUUGGGGAGAAUGACUUGCUUGUUUUUAAAAUUGAGCUGUAUUAUGACUGCUGUUAAUAAAGUCUGUUAUACAAAAGAAA